GAUAUUAGCUCUUACUAGCUCGGACCGUUAUCACGCGUACUUACGAAAAUGUUCGCAUCCGCGCACAUGACUUCAAAGUUGGUAGGUAAAGUAUAUAAAUGCUAAGUAUGGACUCGAAAAAGCCAGUUUUAUCCCGGCAUCUGUGGAAGUACAACGUCAACAUGCAACGCAUCACUCUGUUUGUGUUCGCAGCCAUCGUGGCCAUGGCUAUGGCAGCAGGGCAGUACUAUGUUCCCCGAUCUUACUACGUAAUAGAUGCUGAGGGUCACGCGUCUGCCCCGGUGCCCCUGCGCAGGUUACGUCGUUCCCUGAACCCCUACCCGUACCCCUACGGUGGCGGUAGCAGUGCCAACGCGAAUGCAAACGCGAACGCUCGCGCUGACUCUAAUGGCUCGGGAGCUACCGCAAAUGCUAACGCAAAUGCCAACGCUCGCGCCACUGGUGGAUGGCAACUACCUACUUGGGCUUACGGCUCUGGAAAUCCCAAUGCUCUCAGGGCUGGAGAAACUCAACGUCAAUAUGGUCCUAUAUUGAACGGACGCUCAGUAAGUGCUAGCUCCUCUGUAGGUCUCGAUUCCUCAGGCAAGGGAUAUUAUGACCAGUAUACAUCUGUUACCAAUUAAAGGAAUACUCAGUAAUACACUAUUUUAGAGUUCCUAAGACAACUGUAGCUGUGCCUUAAAAUACAUUUAAAUUCAUAUCUUUGCAUGUUUUUAUUACUAAUUUAUAAUUAUCUGUUAUAAAUAUAAAAUCUGGAUGGAUGUUAUUUAUUGAUUAAAUAAAACAAAAUGUAUU